UUCGUUCGUUUUGCUGCGUUCAGUCGCCUUCUUUCAUCGGAAUCUAUCGGUUGUGUCCGCGCAGGAGUAUUUCUUCGUACGGCGGAACGGACAUUCUUUUUAUCGGUCCCCCCGUGAGUGUCUGCGUGUGUGUGUGUGUGCGCGCUGCUGUCUGUGGGAUUCUUGUGCAGCUUUUUUGUGUGUUUUUUCAGCGUGUGAUAAAGGAAGAAACGUUUGGGAUAGGAGAAGAGUGGAACCCCGGGUUCCGGAACAUCCGGCUGGGAUUGUGGGUAUUGACGGCGGAAAAGGCAAGUUUGCUGCUGCUGAGAACGGGACGGGAAGCAGCGAAAAAAUCAAUCGCUUUUGUGUGCUGACUGGCGUCGUCGUCGUCGUCCCUUUUUUCCUCCUUGGGGAGAAGAGGAGCAGCGGGAUCCCCUUGCCCCGGGAAGUCACGGGUUGUUGGGGGAGGCAGCAGCACCAGAUAAUGGUGUGCGGUGGUUAUCAGAGGAAAGCGUUUUUGUUUGACGCAGCUUAAAAAGUUCUAGAUCUGCUGCUGAACAGGCUGUGCGAUUGUGAUUGUGUGUGCGAAAAAGCAGCUUGUGAGUUUGUGUUUGUGUGAAUUUCUGUGCUGUUUGGCCUCAGGUGUGCGGCGGCCUCUUUUGCAUACUCAGGUGGUUCUUGGCGAAGCCAAGUCAAGGAGAAGAGAGGAAAAUCCAAUUUAUGUAAGCCUAAAGCUCUGCUGAAGCAAGCCAAAUUUGAAGGUGAUUUGUGCAAAGUGAUCGAAUUUGGGAGUUAAAAACCAUCCGGAAGUGUGUGGUAGCGUGGCGCAGGUUCAACGUUCCGACUGGAGAGUCCAAUUAGACGAACGAAGGAGCAGCCAGCAACAGCAAGAAAGUACGGCCUAGCUGCUGCACCUGGAUAUUCCGCCGACUUCUCGUGGAAGAAGACUUGGAAUGCCAGCGAAAGAAGCAAGUGGAAAAGAAUCGUUCCCGGACCACACUUCACGAACACAGCUUCAACCACGGCGAACAGAAGCUAGAUCAACAAUCCAGUGACAACAGCUACAACUAGUUUGCUGAGAAGCAAAACCUGAUCCGCGACUCGUCCGAUUGACUCAAGCUCUGAUAGCAGUCCAGCUCGGAACGGCAUCUGCAACGGUUCGUCAGGUGUCAACCCCUCCUGAUCAGCGCCAUCUGUUGCGUAACGAGUCAAGCGCGCGCGCGCUCCCGCCCGGUUGACAAAUGGCCAACAUUUGGGAAAGGUGACAGCUCUUGUCCCCCUUUUUACGUUGUGUCCAGAGUCUGCAAGUGACUAAAAAUGGCAAUUUGAGGAAAAAAAAGUUUGUGCGAAUUUUAGUUCCGUUGCAAACCCUUAACAGGGAGAAUGGAUCAAUUAGCCAUAAUGGCGCCCCCAUGAGAAGCCAUUAGUGUGUGUGUGCGAUACUUGAAAUUCAAAUUUUCACCACCUCAAGCCACAAAACUUUGAGAAGAGGUCGAAGCGGUGUCCCGCGCGCGCAAAACAACACGCGAUAAAAAAGCCGGUGGAAUAAAUUAGCGGAAAAAAAUAUUAAUCCACUUUGAGCGUUUCGCUUUUUUUCUUUCCUCUCUGCAGUGGUGUAGGAGUGUGUGCGAGUUUAGCCUCUCCAGAGAAGCAAAAAAAAGUUUAAGCCUGUGUUAGUGUGCCAAUGUGAGCUCUCUCGGAGAGAGCGAGAGAGCGAGCGCGCGAAACGAAACGAGUGGUGAAUUUGGCGCACAAGAAAACCGUUGAGUGGUGGUGAAUAAGUUCGGCGGUAAGCCGGUUACACAGAGUUCAUCGCGAUGAAUCCGUACGGUGGAGGUGAACACAACGUCAUCCGGGCGCCAUCUCUGAAGCGCGGAAAGAACGACGAGGGACUUAACAAUCGGAUUAAGUUGAAAAAGAUUCUCGGCCUGACAGUAUGCAGCAACGCAGGCCUCGAUGUCUCGUCCACAACAGGUGUUCUGGCAUAUCCAGCCGGAUGCACCGUGGUGCUGUUCAACUCGAAAAAGCUCAGCCAGUCCUUCCUGCUCAACACGGCCAAGAAGGCCAUCACGGCGGUCGCGUACUCCCAGUGCGGUCGCUACCUGGCGACGGGCGAGUGCGGCCACAACCCGUCCAUCAAGGUGUGGGAGCUGGACGUGAACGGGAACUCCAGCUACGAGAAUGGCGCGGCCGGAAGCAUCGUGGCCGAGUUUUCCGGCCACAAGUACGCGGUCAGCUGUGUGGCGUUUUCCCCGACGGGGAAGUACCUGGUGUCGGUGGGCUCACAGCACGAUAACAUUGUGAACGUGUUCGAUUGGAAGGCGAAUCUGAAGAUUGCGUCGAACAAGGUGACGGCCAAGGUUGUGGCGGUGAGCUUCAGCGAGGGUGGGGAUUACUUUGUGACUGUUGGUAAUCGACAUGUCAAGUAUUGGUACCUGGAGGGCAGCCGGAAGUACAAGGAGCCAAUUCCGUUGAUGGGUCGGAGUGCGAUUCUGGGGGAGCUGAGGAACAAUGACUUUUGUGCGGUGGCUUGCGGGAAGGGCGAGAUGGCCGAGAGUACGUACGCCAUUACGAGGAACGGGCAUUUGGUGGAGUUCAACGCGCGGCGGCUGCUGGACAAGUGGGUCAUGUGCAGGACAAACGCGGCGAAUUGUAUGGUGACGAGUACAAAGUAUAUUUUGGUUGGAUGUGCGGAGGCCAUUGUUCGGGUGUUUAACGCCGAGACGCUGGAGUACAUUACGACGUUGCCACGGACGCACUUUUUGGGGGUGGAUGUGGCGCAGGGCGUGCACAUCAACCACAUGAUGUCGACGCCGCAGAAUGCCAAGUAUCCGGACACGAUCGCCAUCGUGUACGACGAGAACAGGUCGAAGGUGACGUGCGUUUACAACGACCACAGCUUGUACAUCUGGGACCUGCGAGAUAUCCGGCGGGUCGGGAAGAGCCACUCGUUCCUGUACCACUCGGCGUGUAUCUGGGGAGUGGAAACUGUGCCAUUUAGCUAUCUGAAGAACAACGUGUCGGACACGCUGCCGUCGGAUAGCUUCCUGACAUGCUCGUCGGAUGACACGAUCCGGGUGUGGGACAUUGACAACGGGGAGAGCAACGAAGUGUAUCGGAAGAACAUUUACAGUAAGGAGUUGAUGAAGGUGUUGUACAUCGAUGAGGAGUUGAAUCAUAUCAAGGAUAUGGACAAUCCGAUUCACAAUACGGAGAAGAACUCGAGCUACGAUGGACGGAAUGGGGUUCGGUGUAUCAAGAUAAACCCGGAGAAUAACCAGUUGGCGACGGGUGACCGAAGUGGAAAUAUACGGAUCUAUAAUCUCAGUAAUCUUAAGCUGAUAACGACGAUCGAAGCGCACGACUCGGAGGUGUUGUGCCUGGAGUACACGAACGAAAAGAUUGAACGAAAGCUGCUGGCCAGUGCGAGCCGAGAUCGGUUGAUCCACAUCUUCGACUGCGAGGCCGGCUACCGGAUCCUGCAGACGCUGGACGACCACUCGAGCAGUAUCACGUCGGUGCGGUUCAUCGGCACGGGCAAGCAGUUCCAGAUGGUGUCCUGUGGUGCCGACAAAUCCAUCAUCUUCCGCAACUUCCAGAACAAUGUCUUUCUGCGGGGCAACAACUGCUCCGGUAAAAAUACGCUUUACGAUAUGGAGGUAGAUAGUAACUAUAAGCACAUUCUGACCGCGUGCCAGGACCGGAACAUCCGCGUCUACAGCACGCAAAACGCCAAGCAUACGAAAACGUUCAAAGGGUCGCACUCGGACGAAGGCAGUCUGAUCAAGGUUAGUCUAGAUCUGAGCGGUAUCUACAUCGCGACUUCCUGCACGGACAAGACCCUGAGCGUGUACGAUUACUACUCGAACGAGUGCAUGGCACGAAUGUACGGCCACAGCGAGCUGGUGACCGGCCUCAAGUUCACCAACGACUGCAAGCAUCUGAUUUCGGCCAGCGGAGACGGUUGCGUGUUCGUUUGGCAAGUCCCCCAUGACAUGAUCGUAACGAUGCAAGCCCGCCUCUCCCAACAAGCACUCCGAUCCGGCCACCAACCAAUCUCUCGACCUCUCUCCAACCCAUUCGCCGAUGCCAUCCUGGAACAUCACCAACCCGGCCAGGAACAGUUUGGAUCGCCUCCAAACAACCUCUUCAUCGAAGAUGCCCCCGUCACUCCGGGCUACCGCUUCUCCGACGUCGGCCAAUUGCCCCAGUGGGCCAAACGAAAGCCAACGGAAGACCAGUCCAACUCGCCCGUUCUCGGCAGCAGCCCUAGUCAGAACCAACCCUUCGGUGGCCCACCCAAACCACGCGGUCGCUGGGGCCAAAAGGGUCAGUUUGACGAGGCCCUAGAUCUACGAAACAUCGUCGACAGCCCGCUCAACACGACCUACAGCAGCGAAAAAGCCGCGUUGCACCACGCCAACAACAACAACACCCCCACUUCCGGGUACAACAGCGGCAGUUCCAAGGACGUCUACAGCAACGCGUACCUUAGCGAGGACAGCUCGAUCGACAGCGGACGCGAAAACCGACGGGACGUCACCUUCCUUCACAAGAAAAUCUCCGAAACCAAGGCGCUGAACUCGCUCAACUCCGAGUCCAACACCGAGCACGACGGGGACGUGGAGGACAUUUCCGACGGCGAGCGGACCAGUUCCGAGCACGGAAUGGUGUACUACCCGACGGCGGCGCCGUCAACGCCAACAGAUUUCAAAAUCAACGAGAUUGACGUGAACGAGCUGCGCAAGUCGAUCCGGCGGCAAAAGCUCGAGAAGCAGGGCCUCAGCAUUGCGGUGCAGCUGCAGAUGCAGAGUGCGGCCUCGACGGGCACGGGAACGGGCACGUCGGACGACGAGGACGAGGGCUCAACGCCGAGCGGGGACAACGCGGACCGGUCGCUGGCGUCGACGCUGGGGGGAAGCUCGGAGAGCAUCCCGCAGCAGACGUCGUCGACGUUCCUGCAGGCGGCGCUCGACGGGCCGGCCAGUUUGAGCGACAAGGAGAGAGUCCAAAGCCGCAAAAGCCUCAGCGCAAUGCACAACAACAACGACGCCAAAAUCACCACCAGCAUCUCCAAAUCUUACGCCAACAACAAAAAGGAAGAGUUGAUGAAGGUCAUCAACGAGGCCAAAGCCAAGCUGGAAAAUGUUGGCUACCGUUCCGGUCUGCGCGCUAGUCAAAGUAUAUCCGAUCUAAGUCACUCGAUGAGCCCGGCUGGUGGCGCUACCGGCCUCGGUCGGAUGCAGCGGUUAGACUAUUCCUGUCCCUAUCGAAACUAUGCUCCGGCGAUGGUGGCGCCGCCACAGGGCGCGCCAAGCAGUCACAACUACUUGAACUGUGCUGCGCCGCGAUCGCGUCUUGUACAAAACUGUGCCAUGAUCAACCAGAUUCAGCAGGAACUUCCACCGUAUCCGAAGAAUCUGGGGAUUUAUGUGGUAAAGGCGGGUGAGGGGAGAGUGAUGAGGAAGAGGAGACUGGUUAGGCCUGAUAAGUUGGAACUGCCGGAACUGCCGCCGGUGCCGGCGGAUAAGCUGAGGAAGCAUCCGGGAAUUUUGAAGAAUUACAAGUCGUGUCCGGUUUCGCCGGUGCACGAGGAGCAAGAGUGGAGUAUGGUUUCGAGUCAGGAUCCGGAAGCAGGCCCGUCGAAUGAGGGUGGGAGGACGCAACGGCAACGGCAAGGUCGUCACUCGAUGUAUUACGAGGACGCGAAGACGAUCCUGGAUAUGAUCCACUCGGACACGGAGAAGAUGAUCAAGGAGAUUACGAGCAAGUACGGAGAUUUGGACGAGAUGGAAGCGAAUGUGCCGGAACGGCAACCGGCGAUUGAAACGGGGGAGCCGAAGCGAUUGGAAGUGGUAAACAAAACUCUGGAAGGCCUAAAGCAUACCGCCCGUAAGGAACGGCACGAGCACGGCUUCCUGUCGGAGGACGAUCCGAACUUUAGCUCCGACUCGCUAGAAGACUGUAGUUUAGACUUAGACGUAGGAAAGACUGAGCCCAGCAGGAGCAAACGCAAUACCUGUGCCAAACAUGGCGCCAAGCCGGUUGUGCCACCGCGCCCGGCCGCCAUUUCACUGCCAAAGCGGUCCGUUUCGGACUAUUUUAUGUACGACAGCUUCCAGCAGCCGGUGCCGUACCGAAACGUGUCCCUGUCGGACAUCCUGGACGACGACAAAAUGAGCGCGGACAAUCGAUUCCUGGAGACGCAGCGGCACUCUAGCGCGAGCUUCUUCCUAGGCCAGCAGUAUCCAGAUCGGAAAAGUCAGGAGAGCAUCCUGUCGGACGAUUACGGCAGCGGCGGAGUCAGCUUCUGCAACAGCAUGGAGAGUAUCCUGUCGGACGAUUCCGAGUGUAAGAGCGCUCCGCUGGAGGUGCUCUUUGGACGGUUCAAACGCGAUCGCAACUACAGUGCCAACUACGAGUACAAGGUCGAAGCGUGCAGCAACUCCAAGUCGUACGGAUCGAGUCCGAACGCUGGGAGUGGGUUCGACUACUACAUGCAGGGUAGCUACUUCAACGCGCCGGAAAGUUACGCGUACGACAACCUCGAACCCGCUCGACGAAUAGCCGAGUCUCGCUCACCCCAACACAAACGCCAAGGAGCUCCAGGAAUGCCAACCUCCAUCAGCUACCCGCGGUUCAUCUCCAGCUCCGCACUCGCAGCAGCCGCCGAAGAAGAGGAAGACUUUAUCCCGUCCCUAACCUCAAAAGCCGCCCAGUACGGCGGUGCCACCGUCAAGAGCCUCAGCAAAGACUUUGCCAACCAGCGCAAGCAGAUGAACUCGAACCCGAUGUACGCCUGCAACGACGGCAACGAACUGUUUGUCCGCAAGACGGUGAACGCGACCAAUCAAAUCACCCGGUCGGACAUCUUUGGAAACGAAGCGUCCGUGUACGUGAUGAAGAAGUCGUGCAGCUUUGAGAUCGAGAUGGGCGGUCGGAGAAUCGCGCGGAACUCGAAAAAGUUCGAGCAAAAUCUGCAGCGGUUCGAGCAGGAGCGGCAGCUCUCGGACCGGUAUCAAUUUGGUGGGACGCUGGAGAUGGACUACGUUCCGCACAAACCCCCGGUUGCCCACCGCAGGUCGGCCAGCAUGAAGGGACGGGGCAGGGCGCGAUCAAAAGAAAAGUUCAACACGAUCAUCGGCCAGAUGAGCGGCGUAGGAGAGGACGGCAAGCUGCGGGAUUUCGUCAACAAAGACUACAUGCCAAAAGACACCAGCACCGCCAGUUGUUCAAGAACGCACAAAAAAGACCCCAGCGAGGAAAAGUCCUUUGAAAUCUACGUCGCGGAAAAGGGAGUCUGCGAAGACGACAACAUGGACAGCCUGGAACUGCUCACCAAACCCGAUCUGCACAAAGAAAACUCGGUGGACUCGCUGGACGACACCCACCAAACCGACAUCCCAGUCAAAGGCUCCUCCCAACUGGAACACCUCAUCGACUUCAACCUGCUCUCCUCGGUCGAGUACAGCAAGUUCCUCGACAUCGAAAAGAAGAUCGACAUCAUCAACAAGCUGGUCGAGCUCGAAGAGCGCAAGCUCGAGCAGGAACGAGUCACCAAAGAACACCGCAUGCGCCCCUUCGAGUGCGACUCGCGCCAGAAAGGGUACGUCAAAAGUCUCACGGAGAACUUUGACAAGAUCGCCAAGGAGGCGCAGGAGGAGCUGGAAAACGAAAAGAACUGGCAUCUGGCGGUGCGAGCGAAGAUGAAGCGCAACUUUAGCCUGCCGGAUGUGCUCGAGGGGGCCAAGUUUCAGUCGAUGGAUUUCAGGGACGAAGACUACGGGGAUGAUGAGGACGACGAGGACGACGACGAUCUGUACAAGCAAAAGGACGAGGAGGAACUGUCCGAGAAGGACGAACACUCGCUGGGUGGAGGCGGAGGCGGAGGAGGUGAAGGCGGUAAUCCCCGAAGCUUAAUCUCUGCGCAAGAUAGUGAUGAGUCAUCGAUUAGACGUGCUUGCUCGCUUAGUGAUUUGAGUAUGGGAAAAGCUGCUAAUUACAAACCAGUCCCCAGCAGCCGCAGCACGGUCCAGCGGACUGUCCCCAAGCGCAGCACGUCCUCGGUGGGCAAGGGUGGCGCAUCACUGUCCUCCGGCAUGGGACUCCGCAGCGUGUCGGUGGGCAUGUUGAACCAGGCGAGUGACUCCGAACCGGAGCCUCCGUCUUCGCGGGGCGGACUCAUGAAGCCAACCAUCAGCUCCCAGAACAAGGUGAACGGUUCAACGCCCGUCGGCAACGGUGGCGGCAGCGGCGGCAAGUACAUCAACCCCCGUUCUGCGGCCGGCAUCAUCAGCCGACGGAAGGGUCUCCAGAGUGCGUACAGCAGUGUGAACAUCUCCUCCGCCGGCCAGGACGAGUCCAGCUCGGAGGAGUCGCCGACGAGCACGGUCAGUCCGGCGCCGACCAAGCCGGCGGUUCCACCGCGGCCCCGAAGCAUUGCGAUGGAGCACAAACGGAUAGCGAACGUGAAUGCCACCCUGAACGCAAAGAAGGCGGUGCCCAGCACCAACAUGGAGAUGGAAACGAUGAUCAAGGACGGCGACCUGGACAAUGCGGACUUGACCAACCAGCUCUGCUCCAACAUUAUCAACCAGCUGGUGCAGACGACAACGUCGGUGAUUCAGCUGCACCAGCGGCUCAAGUCGAACGACGAGUCCGGCGGCGGCAGCGGCCGGAACAACUCGCUCAUGAUCAAGGAGCUGGAGAAUGCGGUCAUCAUGACGCAGAACAUGCUGACCAAGGUUACCAACAGAAACCUCGGCGGCGACCUCAACAACAGCACCAGCAUGUACGAAAAGUGCAACGACAUCCUGAACCAGGUGCAGAAACACGUGAACAACAGCGGCUGAUCGUAGAGAUGAACGCGAGAAUCGGUUUUUCUUUUCUUUUUUAGGUUAGGUCAAAACGGGGUGUGUAUGUGUGCGUGUUGAUGUAGUGUGUAUGUGUUUCAUUGUCGUUGUGUGUGCGCCUUGAAGGAUUUUUUUGGAAUUGUAACUAUAAGAAGAAAUUGUAAUAAAAAUGUGCUUAAAGAGGAAUUUUGAUGGAGUGUGUGCGAGCGCGCUGGAAUUGUAAAAUGCUAGAAGGAAAAGAAAAAUAACAAAAAGUUUCGUCCAAUUUAGUUGUUAGUGUGUUAAUUUUACGCGGCAGUGUUUUUUAAGUGUAGUGGAGCAGUAAAUUGAAGAAGAAGAAAAAAAACGUUACGUUAGAUAUCAUCCUGUUGGAGGUUUCGGAUUAAGGGUAAAAAACGCCAUAUCUAGAUUUGUUAGUUGCACUUAAAGUACGACUUUCUUCACACGGUCCCGUUAUUCGUCUCGGUUAUGUUAGUCAGAGCAAGAGUAUGAGAGAUAGAGAAGGAGAGUUAGAUGAAUCGUUUUAGCGCUUUCAGCUUGUUUUAAAUUAAAUUAUUAACGAUUUGUAUUUUUUAGGGAUGGAGAAGUAUUUUUUGUUUUACUGUUUAAAAGGUAGUUGCGGAGGGAAGAAGCGGAUGCAAAUACCUAGAGAUGAUCAAGAUUGUUCUAGGGAGAAUUGGCAAUUUCAUGCCAAGAAGCCAUUGCAAAUUUUGGCAUCAAAUUUCGGCGUUUCGUCCCUCCAGAAAAGUUAACGAAAUUAAUGUUAAUAUCACUAGCUGUACAGUAGAUUCUAAUUUUCCGUAAACAUUAACUUGUUUAACAACAAAACCAUUAUUCUAGCUCUUUGGAUGGUAACAACACAUGAAAUAACCACUUAAUUACAAUUAAAUCAUAUUGAUUUAUCCUACUAAACGUAAGCAAAGUUUUUGGAGAGAACGAGAGAAAGGCGAAACUUUCCAAUACUCAGUAAUUCCUCCCCCUAAAGUAAAAUCAGAUUAAACAAAUAUCUCUUCCCCCCUCUUCGUGCGUGUGUGUCCGCAGAAUGUGAUUCUGAACCCGAAACGAUGCCAACAAUUUAUAUCAUUCGAAUACAACAGAGCUAAGCCUAUCUCUAUUUAAACGAGGAAUUAAAGAAAUCUUAAUCGUAUUGGACGAAUAAUUCUAAAACGCUACAAACCUCAAAAGUCAAUACACACUUACACAUACAAAAGAGAAGAAAUGAUAAAAAGUUCAACAUGAGAAAGUGAUUUCAACAACUUUGCAACUUUCCAAAAACUUUCACACAAUUCACACCUCAUCGCAGUAACCUCGUCGAAAGUUAAUAAACAAACACUAAAAAUAUUCAUGCAACUAACUAAAAUGCAACAACAUUAAACAAAACACAACACACACAACAAUCGAAGGCUAUUAACUUUUAGACUAGUAGCAACAAAAAAAAACGUUUACCUAUAGCUUUUUACUAUUUAAGCUUGAUUUAAUUCUAAACAAUAUCCAUUUGACUAAGCCAGCAACAGCAGCAGCAGAAGACGACGAAACUGAGAAUUGAAGUGAGGUUAAACAAAAACAGCGCUUAUGAGAAAAUAAAAAACAAAUCAAAGGGACUUGAUAAACACAUGAAAUGAGUAGUGAAACAGAGGAACCUCCCCCCAAAAAAUAAAAAAAGCACUUACAAAUAACCAAAUAAAGUAAACUGACAAACUAAAAGCAAACAACAACACAGCAAGCGCUGAUGGUUCACUACUCGCAACAGUGUUAGUGAGAAAGACUUAAAAGUGAAAGGUUUGAGGGCGCGUAACACUUUGAAAAUUGUGGAAAUGAAGAAGAAAAUAUAUUUAAAAAAAAGUCAAAUAUUUUAAAAAACAAAAAAAACCAUAACCCACACUCUUAGUUUGAUUUGCUUUGCCCCUGUUCUGCUUCGAAAUCGACUAACUCUGCUUUUCUCCCCGUUAAUCUUUGGUAAAGUCUCUGCCCUCAAAGCUGGAGCGAAUGCUUUGGGACGUGGCAGACGAUGGUGCGGUGCUUGUAAUUCUCUAACCCUGUUGGCGUAUUCCUUCUUUAGAUGGUUGUUUUAUAAGGAAGUGCAAUUCGAAUUGGAAAUAUUUAACCCCCCUUCCCCUCGAGGUGAAAGCAGGUGAGUAGCGAGUAAAGUAAUAUCACAGGGGCUGCGCGUACUAAUUCUUCUGCAUUAACGAAGGCUUGGUAACUUGCGGGGAGCUGUUGUAAAAAAAAAUGAUGGUAAAAAAAAUCGUUAAACGAAAGAAUGAGUAUGUAAAUAAAUGUGAAUAUUUGAUGUGAGACGUUUAAAUGUGUAAAUAAGAUCCGAAUAAAAAGAUCAGCCGUUGUUGUUCAA